AUGGCAACCUACGGCGACCCCCCUCCCGCCGGAACGCCCGCAGCGGGCACGUCCAAAAACCUCAAGAAGGCACCCCAGGAGAUUCUCUCCGACUUCUGGGACAAAUUCCACUCGAAGCACCCCGGCAAGGUGACCUCCAUCUUCCCGCGUGCCCUCUAUGCCUCUCUACUCCCGGCCUUCGAGCCGAAGGGUGCCUCCUCAACUCGCAACGCCCAAGAGUCCUACGAGGCCGCCGCCCGCGAGUGCCGCGAAAAGGUUAAGCGCAUCGUCAAGGAGUGCGAGCGCACCAACGAGAAGUUUACCGAUCCGGACUUCGACGUCGAGCGCGAUCCGGAGUCAAACUGCCUCAACGGGCUUGUCAGAGAUGACGACGGCGUCGGUAACGCCGGGGCCGUGGAAGACACCCCCAAUGUCAGCAGCUGGGACGUCAAGAACAGCCUGGACACUCUGGCUGCGGCGCAGGUCCUCGGCCCCAACUCUACCAUCCCCUUCGACCCCACCGCCGUGGCCCGGUUCCUCGGCAGUGGCGACGUAUGGGGCUCCUUCUCCAUUGCCGGCAACGCCGCCGGCGGCGGAUCGGGCAAGCUCAAGGCCAAGCGCGGGGUGAUGGGCGGCGAGUACUACUCCCCAGGAUCCAUCCACCGCGUGGACUGGAUCUUCGAGUCCCCCCAGUUCACAGUCAAUGGGUACUCCUCCUCAGACAUCAAGCAGGGCGCCAAUGGCGACUGCUGGUGGCUCGCGGCUGUUGCUACCAUCGCCCACCGCCGCGACCUCAUGCAGAAGGUCUGCGUCGCCCGCGACGAAGAGUGCGGCGUGUACGGCUUCGUCUUCCAGCGCGACGGCGAGUGGGUGUCGACCGUCGUCGACGACAACCUCUACCUCAAGGAGACCGACUUCGAUUUCUACAGCGACGUCUAUGACGCCAGCGGCAAGAAGGCUCGCCUGCACCGCAAGCGCAACCAGACCGGCUCGGACGCGCUGUACUUUGCUCGCUGCGAGGACCAGAACGAGACGUGGCUGCCGCUGCUCGAGAAGGCGUACGCCAAGGUCCACGGCGACUACGAGGCCAUCUCGGGCGGCUGGCCCGGCGAGGCCGUCGAGGACAUGACCGGUGGCGUGACGUCCACCAUCGCGACCAACCGCGUCCUGCGCAAGGACAAGCUCUGGAAGGAGCUAGUCAACUCGGACGGCGAGUUCGUCUUCGCUCUCGCAGCAAUGGGCACCGGUUGGGACUGGCAGAAGUCCGGCCUUGCUCUCGGCCACGCCUACUCCAUCUUGCAGUCCCGCGAAGAGGUCGACGAGGAGGGCAAGAAGGUCCGCCUCGUGCAGAUCCGCAACCCUUGGGGCGAGCGCUCCGACGGAGGCGUCGGCGAGUGGAACGGCCCCUGGUCCGACGGCUCAAAGGAGUGGACGCCCUACUGGCUGAAGAAGCUCAACCACACCUUUGGCGACGACGGCGUUUUCUGGAUGUCGUACGAGGACAUGCUCUCGACAUUCAUGUACAUCCACCGCACCCGCCUCUUUGACGAGAAGUGGACCGUCAUGCAGCAGUGGACGUCGGCCAACGUCUCGUGGGUGACGGGCUACCUCCAGACGAAGUUCGUGGUCGAGGUCAAGAAGGCGGGCAUGGCCGUCCUCGUCCUCACGCAGCUAGACGACCGAUACUUCCGGGGCUUCGAGGGGCAGUACUACUUCCAACUGCACUUUGUCCUGCAAAAGGCCGGUUCCGACGGCGAGGACGGCAAGAAGUCCGAGCCCGAGCAGUUCUGCCGCGUGAGGCCGGUGCACAAGUGGGAGAACCGCUCGGUGAGCUGCGAAGUCAACCUUGAGCCGGGCGUCUACGAGGUCCUCCCCAAGGUCACGGCGACACGGCAGAGUAACGGCCGCGCCGUCGAGGACGUUGUCAAGCAAUACGCCGAGAAGAACCCGCAGAAGCUCCGACAGGUCGGUCUGCAGUACGACAUCGCACACGCCAAGGGCGGCGUUGUCGAUGAGGACGACGUCCUCGAGAAGAAGAAGGCCGAGGCCAAGAAGAAGAAGGACGCCAAGAAGGCCAAGAAGAAGAGGAAGCAGAGGAAGGCGCUCGCCGUUGCGGCCAAGGCUCUGGAAGAAACCGCCAAGGUCAUCUCCGAAGUUGCCGAGGGCGAGAAGAAGAAGGAUGAGAAGAAGGACGCGGCUCCCAAGUCCGAGAAGAAGGAUGAGACAAAGGAGAAGGAUGGCGAGUGGACCGAGGUCAAGGACUCUGACAAGGAGUCUACCAGCACCAGCACCAGCACCAGCACCAGCACCAGCACCAGCACCAGCAGCAGCAGCACGGGUCUGAAGUCCCCGCCUGCGGAUGGUAAGCCCCCCGCGGGCGCCGCCGCCCCUACAGCUUCAACCAAGCCCGGUGACGCCCCCGUCGAUCCUAAGAAGGAGGAGAAGGAGGCAGAGAAGAAGGAAGAGAAGAAGACUGAUGAGAAGAAGAAGGAUGAGGAGAAGAAAGAAGAUGCACCUGCUCCGGCAGAGGAGUCAAAGGCCGAGGAAACCGAAGCAUCCAAGGCCGAAGCCACGGAGGAGGCAACCGCCGAGGAGGCUAAGGUGGAGGAAGAAGAAGAAGAGGAGGAGGAGGAGGAGGAAGAGGAGUCUGACUCCGAAUCGGAGGCCGAGGCAGACAACGCUGAUACCGGCGAGGAAUCGACGACCCCGCCGUGGAACGCCGUCUGUGUCAUCGGUCUCCGCGUCUACGCAGAGGACGCGCAGGUGGCUAUCAAGCUUGUCAAGUCUACCGAUGUAGAGGAGGCUGCGAGCUUGACCGUCGAGGGCGAGCCAGCCGGAGCGACUGCAUAG